UUCAAGUUUAUAUACCGUUCAUAAGAACAUUACUGAAGGUGUAACAAUGGCUUUGAGUUCUAAUACACAAGGGUUCAUCCUCCUCCUUGCUGCAGCCUCUCUAUUGGCAGUGAGUGAGAGCAGAACCAUCGUCGUUGGAGGGUCUGAAGGCUGGCGUUUCGGGUUCAACUACACUGAUUGGGCUCUCAAAAACAGCCCCUUUUACAUAAAUGACCAAUUAGUGUUCAAGUAUGAUCCACCGAGCGAGGGAAACUCCGGCUACAGCGUAUACCAACUACCGAACCUUUGGAGCUACAUAACCUGCGGCUUCAGCAAAGCCAAACUGCUGGCGAGUCCGACACAGGGAGGUGGCGACGGCUUCAAGGUCGCGCUAACUCAGUGGAGGCCUUACUACUUUGCCAGUGGUGAAAACGAUGGCAAGAACUGCAAGGAUGGGAUGAUGAAGUUUUUUGCUAUCCCACUGCCACGUUGGAAUAAUUAAACAGAGUCUGAAAACACAAAAAUAAAAACGUCCGGGAAGAAGAAACGGUAUACAAAUUCAUAUAUGCUCACAUACACCAGAUUGGUUAUGUAUUUUUAAUAAUUUGAAGGGUUUUGAGUCAAAUAAUUUCCCAUGACACUGUACAAGUUAUAGGGGAAAUGUGUCUAAAUAAUUUGUCUUUGUUUCUUGAUUUUCACAUACAUAAUAAAGAUGAUUUUAUUAUAAGUU